AUGGCAAUAUCAACGCGAAGUGUUUAUGUGGGGGCAUCCGCAGCGCCCCGUCUUAAGACGACUGGUUUGGUUACACAGGAGUCACAGAGGCAGAACGUAGAGACGAUCAAGUGGUUCAUCGAUAGCGGGAUGGAAGUGCACAAUGCCGCCUGCAAUAUGGACAUGGCGUCCGCGGCAUACUAUGAGAACCUCCCCAUUGAGGUGCUGGAGUUGUGUGUUGAGAUAUACCCAAAAGUCAUCAAUGAGCCAGUCAUCAGUAUUUCAGAUACAUGUUUAAAACAAGCCUUCUACCCUUCCGCCUCAGCCGCUGCCAUUUGGAACUCCCUGGCGACCCCCUGGCGCAACUCGACCGACGCCAACACACAGAGGCACUCGUUAACCGUUACAGACCAGUGGAAUGUUUCCGAGAACACUGGCCACCAAGACCUCGAGAGUGAAAUCAUCACUAAGUUCUCCACUGCCAACCUCAAGUGCCGGGUUAAGAAGUACUGUAUCGGCAACUCCUUCACUUCCUUCCCGCUUGACGUCAAUGUCGAGGCUACCUUACGUGCCGUCAAGACCGACGCUGAGUUCACUUGGAUCUAG